AUGAAGUGCCCUGCAGCUGAUCCAAUAUUCGUGCCCCAUGAAUGGGGUCAAGCAGGGGACCUCUUCAUUGGUGGAAUUGUUACUCAGAGCACCUACGCUUUUAACGAAGUUUCAUUCACGGUACAUCCUUCUCAGGAGCUGUUUGACAUUCCACUUGUAAUCACAAAGUUCUAUCAGAACAUCUUGGCCUUGGUUUUUACCAUAAAAGAGAUCAAUGACAAUCCGAAAAUCUUGCCCAAUGUCUCCCUUGGUUUCCACAUCUAUGACAGCUACUUCGAUGGGAGAAUGACCUAUCGAACCACUUUGGACCUUCUCUUCAAAUGGCAAAGAUUUGUCCCCAACUACAAAUGUGACACUCAGAAAAACCUCAUGGCUGUGAUUGGGGGACUUACUUCUGACACAUCUAUCCACAUGGCAGAUAUCUUAAGUCUCUACAGGAUUCCACAGCUCACCUAUGGCUCAUUUGCUUCAGAGGAGAGUCAAUCUAUACAGAAGUCUUUUUAUACCAUGGUCCCAAAUGAAGAGCUUCAAUAUGCAGGGAUUAUCCGGUUACUUCAGUACUUCAGAUGGAAGUGGGUGGGGCUCUUUGUUGCCAAAUAUGACAGCGGAGAACAUUUUUUGAAGAUCCUGGAGCCAUUGUUUUCCCAGAAUGAAAUCUGUUCAGCCUUCACAAAAAGAAUCCCACUUCAAGUUGUUCUAGAAGAUCUGGAAAAAAUAUCUGGUGAAAUUGAAGGUAUUUAUGAAGGUCUCAGAGAUGAAAAGGUCAGUACGCUUAUCGUCUAUGGAGAUGAUGGGACAAUUGCAUAUGUGAAAACAGCUAUAUUUAUAAUAGAUAACAGCAAUAAGCAAAACACAUCAUUUGGGAAGGUCUGGAUCAUGACAGCCCAGAUUGAUUUUGUAUCAUUUGGAUUGCUGAGAAACAUGGAUUUUCAAGGGUUGCAAGGUGCCCUUUCCUUUACAAUGCACUCAGAAGAACUUCUACAGUUCAACCAAUUCCUUAAGAAUAUCCAAACACACAGGACCAAAGCAGAUGGCUUUUGGAAGGACUACUGGGAGCAGGCAUUUGACUGUCACUAUCCUGAUCCAGGUAUGCCUGUCAAGGAAGAUGGAACGUGUACUGGAGAGGAGAGGCUGGAAAGUCUCCCUGCAGGUGUUUUUGAAAUGCACAUGUCUGGGCAGAGCUACAGUAUCUAUAAUGCUGCCUAUGCUGUAGCUCACACUUUGCAUGCCAUUUCCUCAUCCAGAUCCCCACAGAAAGCAGUGCCCGUUGGUUACAGUGUUGGAUUUCCAUCUCUGCAGCCUUGGCAGGUGCUUCCCUUUUCUUUGUGCAAUGAACCCUGCCACUCUGGUUAUCAGAAGAAAAGGAAGGAAGGGGAAAAGUUUUGUUGCUAUGAUUGCACUCCAUGCCCAGCGGGGAAGAUCUCAAACCAGACGGAUAUGGAUGCAUGUUUCAAUUGCCCAGAAGGUCAGUAUCCAAACAAGAAGAGAAAUGGAUGCAUCCCCAAAGCAAUAUGUUUUCUGUCCUAUGAAGAACCUUUAGGGAUCAUUUUAGCCUCUGUUUGUAUCUUAUGUUCUUUGAUUACUGCUUUGGUGUUGGCUAUUUUUAUCCGGCACAAAGAUACCCCCAUAGUCAUCGCCAACAACCGAGAUCUCACCUACACUCUCCUGGUCUCCCUCCUGCUCUGCUUCCUCUCCUCUCUGCUUUUCCUUGGCCAACCUGGGAAAGUGAGCUGUCUUCUCCAGCAACCUGCUUUUGGCAUCAUCUUCUCUGUUGCUGUUUCUUGUGUGUUGGCAAAGACCAUCAUUGUUUCUUUAGCAUUCAUAGCCACAAAGCCAGGAUCCAAGAUGAAGAAAUGGGUGGGAAAGAGACUGGCCCAUUCUAUUGUCCUUUUAGGUUCCCUCAUUCAAGUGGGUAUCUGUACUCUGUGGCUGACAACGUCUCCCCCCUUCCCUGAUCUAGACAUGAAAUCAGUAGCUGAAGAAACCAUUGUGCAAUGUAAUGUUGGGUCUGUCACCAUGUUCUAUUGUGUCUUAGGCUACAUGGGCCUCUUGGCCCUCACCAGCUUCAUUGUGGCCUUCCUGGCCCGCAAGUUACCUGACAGUUUUAAUGAAGCCCAGUUCAUCACCUUCAGUAUGUUAGCAUUUUGCAGUGUUUGGAUCUCUUUUGUUCCCACCUACCUGAGCACAAGAGGGAAACACAUGGUGGCUGUGGAGAUCUUCUCCAUCUUGGCCUCCAGUGCUGGGUUACUGGGUUGUAUCUUUUCCCCGAAAUGUUACAUCAUUGUGCUAAGGCCUGAACUGAACAGCAGGGAUCAAUUAAUACGAAGAAGGGAUUAA